AGCCGGAGCCACCAAAUAGAUCCCUCCCUCCUCCCCCCUCCCCCUCUGCUCCGCUCUCCCUUGCUUCCCCUCCCCCCACCGACUCCCCCCUCCCCUCCCCCCCCUCCAUUGAUGGCCGCCACCAAGAACCCCCCAACCCCCACCUGACCGCCGUGCCCCGCCGCGCGUUCUCGCCCGCCUUGCCUUGCGCCGAGAGGAGGAGCCGGGCCUACUACUAUCUUGCUCCAAGGCGGAGGCUUUACGCCGCUGGAGAUGCUGAGCUCGUCGGCGGCGAUGGGGAUGGGGCUGGGGGGCUACGGCCAGCAGCAGCAGCAGCAGAUGCAGAUGCAGAUGCAGCGGGGCGCGGGGCCGGUGUUCACGCCGGCGCAGUGGGCCGAGCUGGAGCAGCAGGCGCUGAUUUACAAGUACCUCAUGGCAGGCGUGCCCGUGCCGCCCGAUCUCCUGCUCCCCAUCCGCCCCCACCACCCCGCCGCCGGCGCCGCCGGAACCACCUUCUCCUUCGCCAGCCCCGCCGCCUCGCCCUUCUACCACCACCACCAUCCCUCCAUGAGUUACUACGCCUACUAUGGCAAGAAGCUCGACCCGGAGCCGUGGCGGUGCCGGCGCACCGACGGCAAGAAGUGGCGGUGCUCCAAGGAGGCGCACCCCGACUCCAAGUACUGCGAGCGCCACAUGCACCGUGGCCGCAACCGUUCAAGAAAGCCUGUGGAAUCCAAGUCUGCUUCCCCUGCGCACCAGUCGCAGCAGCCCCCGCUGUCCGCCGUCACGUCCGCGGCCCGCGACGCCGAGCCGCUCCCCUCCCUCCCGGCUGGGGCUAAAACCCAUGGCCUGUCCCUCGGCGGGGCUGGCUCGUCGCAGAUGCACGUCGACGCCUCAUCAUACGGCGGCAAAUACUCCCUUGGAGCUAAAUCUGAUGUGGGUGAACUGAGCUUCUUCUCUGGAGCAUCAGGAAACAACAACAGGGGCUUCACCAUCGAUUCCCCAACGGACAGCUCGUGGCACUCGAUGGGGUCCAGCCUGCCCCCGUACCAACUGUCGAAACCUAGAGAUUCCGGCCUCAUGCAAGGCGGCUUCUCGUAUUCCCACUAUGAGCCGUCGCAGGAGCUUGGGCAGGUAACCAUCGCCUCGCUGUCCCACUCCCAGGAGCAGGACUGCCGCUCUUUGGGUGGUGGAGGUGGAGGAGGUGGAGGUGGAGGUGGAGGGCUCAUGGGAAAUGUCAAGCAGGAGAACCAGCCGCUGAGGCCCUUCUUCGACGAGUGGCCGGGGAGGCGGGACUCGUGGUCGGAGAUGGACGACGAGCGCUCCAACGGCACCUCCUUCUCGACGACCCAGCUCUCGAUCUCCAUCCCGAUGCCUCGAUGCGAUUGACGGGUGUGAGCGGCAGGUGCAGGGCGUGCACGUGCACGUGCACCUGCGCUGUGGUCUCUCGUGGUUCUUUGUGUCCAUUGUAUUCGUUCGUGCUAUGAACUUGGUUUAAGAGCAAAACCCUUGCGUGUCGUGAGAUAAGAGGAACCUGUAGUAGCUGUUUUUUCAAGAUUCCACGUUGCUUUGUACGCUCAAUGUCGAACCUGUAGGUGUUUGCGUGUGUCGUUGCGGCAGAUCAUCUUGUGGAAUGUAUCGUGUAACUGCCUAUUUGUUUGUGUUGAAUGAUGACUCUGAUGUUGCUUACUUGGACACGGAAAUCAUCCUGGGACGCGGCCUGUCUUAUGUUUCUUGUGAAGCUUGCAGUAACCCUGAUUCAUCUUUUCUGCUAUUUGUAAAAA